AAAAUCUACAACCCGAUUUCCGUGCCGUUUUAAUACAAAAUUGUACAAUUUUAAUAAUUAAAAUCCGGCAGCAGUUAAAAUAAAGGCAACUUUUAAUAAUUAAACAACCGUUGGUGUAACUGCAUACGCGCAAAAAGCAUUGCAAUACUUCCUUUUGUCAUAAUCAGUAUAACAGAAGUGGCAAAGAAAACCCCCAGCUGCAAUCAAUAAAGCAACGACACACAUACAGCCGUCUUUUUCACUACCCCGCAUCCAGAGCGUGUGUGCAAGCGAGAUCGCGAUAGCAGCAGCCAACAACAACGUGUGUGUGAAAAGGUUUACAACUGAAAAGACCGGCCCCAGCUUGGAUGACAGCUACGACGAUAAGCAAAGCGCAGCACCGAUCGAUACAGGCAAGAGGGAAACUCAGAGUUUGCGAAAUUAGAGCUAAGAGAUAUCUUAACAAAACAAAACAAAAAGAGAUAAAUCAACAGACUGAUAAACAAUAUAUAACGUUAAAAGUAUAACUAUAUAUUAAAGUAAAUAAAACAGAGUUGUAAAUAAAAACGAGACACAACCCGGACGCAGCUGAAAGAGAGCGCUACGCAUAAUCCUCGCUCGAAGUCGCACGUCGCAUGCCUUUUGGAGAGCGAGAGAGACAAAUACGGAGAGAGAGAGUGCUGGUGAGAACGUCACAGCGUUUGACCAAAGACACAUGUCAGUGCGACAAGAACAACAACAAUAGGAGCAGAAUCAGCGUAGCGGCAGAAAAGCAAUCAGCAGAAGCAUUAAGAGCAGAAGAGAGCAGGCACCGAGUUUGUUUUGUUUAUAACAAAUAUAAAUUGAUUGAUUUUAAGUGCGUGUGAUAUUUAACGUUAAGCAUUAAUUUAGCAAAUAACCAAAAACAAGAAUACGAAAAGGCAGAAAGCAGAAAUUUUAACAAGCCCAAGGAUAAUAGAGAGAGAGAGAGAUUGGAGAGAUAGAGGAAGCGAAUGCGCUUUUGGUGCAGCUCAGCGAGAAGUAAAGAAGCAAAAGAACGAAACUUAAAAGAAGUAUAAGCUCGAAAGGAGAAAGAACGAAAUUACUAUGACAUACUCGCACAAUAGCGUUAGAAAUAACAUCAAAAUGACAACAGCAUCAGCAACAAAGUCUAUACGAUUGAAAAAGGGCGCAGCAGGAGCAGGAUCGGCAGGAGCAGCAGCGUCGGCAACAACAACACCAACUGCAACAACAACAAGCACGCCACCAACUGCAAUUAUACCCUCGGUAACUGCACAUUCCAACAGUAUUGCCAGCAGUACAAAUUUCAACAACCAACACCACUUCCAUCAACAACAAUCAAACGCCUUAAGCACCACACCAACAUCAACAACAGGAGUAACCAGUGUCUUCAACACGCCCAACAAUAGGCAGCAACGUCAGCAGCAGCAGCCCCAAUCGGCGCCUCCUCGCAGUCGCCAGCGACAAUCGCCGCAGCAACUGCAGAUGAGCGGCGGUGGCGGCGGUGCCUUCUUUUUCGCCAACAACUCAAGGCGCAGCACCGGGGGCGGAUUCCACGGAGCCCGCUCCCCUCAAUCGAUGGUGCGUCAAUCACCGGCAACAAUUUUGGGCGGAGGCUUUUCGCCUCCCACUGGUGUUUUUGGUUCAGCCGGCGGCUCAGCGCGCAAACAGCGCCGGAGCCCAACCACUUUUGGUGGCAAGGUGUCGCCACCACAUACACUCGUACCCACCGCAUUGACGCAUUUCGCCGGUAGCAAGUGUUUCGAUGCACCGGCGCCAACAGCAUUGCCCAAGCCGCCCCAGCACUGGACUCUGUCCAAAUCAGAGGAAAAGCAAUUGGUGGCCAGCAGCGCUGGUCCGGCACUCCAGUGCCUGCUGCGUGGCGGCUCGAUGUCGGCCCAGCAGUUGCAGAAACAUCAUCAUCAUCACCAUCAUGUGGUCAUCAAGUCGUCGAAGCGCAAUCUGCUCGAUGACUUCGAUACGCACAAUUUAAAAAUGUUGCUCAAUGUGCAGUCGUAACCACCAAGGCAGCAGAAAACACAAUGACAACAUCUACAAAAAACAAUAAUCGAGGCGACAGAUCAACAACAAUGUGAAAAUGGAGGACCCAGAACCCGUCAAUGAUUUGCAAAAAAAAAAAAAAUAUGAAAAACAACAAAAAAAUGAAAAAGAACAAAACAUAAAAAAUGCAAAAACAAAAAAAAACCCAAAAACAAAAAAUAUAAACUGAAAAAUUGAACUUUUUUAAACUACAAACAAAGAAAAGAGAAAGAGAGAAAAGAAGGAAUACAAAAACAACACAAUAACUUUAAAAGAGUAAUGUUUGUGAUCUCAUGUGUAUCAUAAAACAGCGACAAAAAUUGAGAAGCUUAAACAAAAAACAAAACCUAAAAAACAAAAACGAACACUAAAAUACUGAAGCAAAGAAACAAAUGCAAAAUAGAACUGUCCUUACACAACGACAAACAUACACAACAACAGUUUCAACAACAACAUCUUAUGAAGAAAAAAAAUGCAAAAUUCCAACAACAAACAACUAAAACUAUUGAAGGCUUCAAAACAGAAACCAAUCAGUCGUUAACUUCAAAACGCAAAUUUUAAAAGCAGACCAAAACAAUUAUCAGAACUUGCUGCAACAAACUACAGAAGAAAGCAAGGAGAAGAAACAAGAAAAGAGAAAGAACAGCAAGAACAAUUUGCAACGGACGCUUGGCUAGAUAACAACAACAACAAGAACUAUAACGGAUACUUCACAACUGAACAUUGUUUUAAACGUGAUACGCAAAUAGACUUGAAAAUUAAUUAAUAAGUAAAAAUUAUAACUAUAAUAUUUAUGUAAAAAGAAAUUAAUUAUUUAAAAAAUUGACGCUAGAAGCGCAACACAUAAUCAACAGUUUUAUGUUUAUUUACGCGGACAAAAUGUGCAACGUACCUAAAAACAUAAAAACAAAGAGAAUAAAAUAUAAAAUAAAAUACCAUAAAGAGAAAACUAAAACAAAAAGCUGAAGAGCAGCAAACUUAAUAUAUAAACCCCACCAAAUCGCUUUAAAGACUAAUUAAACGAACAGAAAAAGAAAAGAAACAACAACAACAAGAACUCUUUAAAACACGACAAACUCAACGAGACGAGGGCGUUGCCGUUGCCAAUUGCCAUGCCCACUUGCCAGCCGAAUGGGCGCACAAAUUUGAUCCUGAGCAGCAGUAGCAGCGCAGCAGCAGAGCAACGCAAAAUGCAUAAAAACUUGCCCCAUCAUCUACUCAAAAAACCACUACAUGGCCGAUCUAUCUUAAGUCAUUUGGAAAACCAACAUUAUACAAAAAACAAAAACAUACUUCCAUUAAUUUUAGUUAAAAGCCCUAGAGCUACAGCUAUCAACUGAGUUGUUUUCUUAUUUUUAAUUUUAUACUUUAAUGUGUACCUAUGCUAUACACACAUAUCUCGCACACCAUACUACGUUUAUACGAUGCCGAAAAUCCGUGAGUUGACUGCUAUUUUAAAAUAUAUCUUUUCUCCCAUAUGCAUAUGCCGAUUUGUAUAUAUCCUACCAAUUUGAAUGAUGUCGAACUCUUGAUUUUUAAAGGAUAUGCCUGAAAAUCAUGAGUUUCGCUUUUAAGAUAAUUACAAUCUACGAAUUAGUCGGCUCUUAAAUAAUUCUAUUUCAGGAUAUUCAAGCAUCUUAUAAUCGUUGUAUGGUAUUGUAUAUCGUAUUAUGUUUAUACGAAGCUUGAAUAUCGAUCAAUUUUUCGCCUAAGCAAUAUAUAAAUUAGUAAAUUUUUAUACAGAAAUUUGUAGUUAUUGUGGCUCGGGAGUUUUAAGCAACGCAUAAACGUAGUAGUACCCGAGAGAUACAUGCGAACCAAUGAGUUUUGAUAUGCAUUUACACUGUAUAUCAUAGUAAUGGCUUUAAAUAUUUUUGAAUUGUACAUAGAAAGAGAACUUUUAAAAACUAAUUAUAAAUUUCACAAACAAUUUUAAAACAUGUAUAGAAUAAAUUUUCCAUAAAUUGGGCGCAUCAUCUACACACACACACAUACAUAAGCGCAUGUUUUCACCACCACAACAUACACACUUCUCUGCAUUGCUUAUGUAACAUAAAUAUAUAAACACUAUAUAUAUAUAAAUAUAUAUAUUUAAGACGAGACAUAUGCACAAAUGAAUUUGAAUAAACAAAUGGCGCCCAAUUGAAAGAAACUGAGUUGCAAUAUCCAAAAGUUGCUAAAAAGAAAACAAACUACUUCUCUAUUGUAAGACAAACAAAAAUAAAUGAUAUGAAAAAUUGUGGUGUAAUUUAAAAGUUGUAAUGUAUGCAAAAUUCGUUGAUGCUCAUAAUUCUCAUAUAGAUAUGGAAAGAGGAGAGAAGAAAAGAGAGGAAAAGAACACUUAAAACCCAGUACCUUAUUUUUCAUAAUUAGCAUUAUUAUGUACCAUUAAUUGUUAAUACCAUGAAUUGUACGAUAUGUAAAUUAUUUAAGCUACCAAUAACAACAAUUACUAUACAAA